AUGGACUCGAUGAGCUUUUAUGCAAUUCCCCCACCGGUUAGGCGGCAUCAAAAGGAAGUGAACUACAUUGGUGGAAACUUCGUGUGUCCUGGCCAGAACGUCUAUCAAGGAGCUCAAUACCAGCCUAAGCAACAAGUAUAUCCCAAUGGAGUCUAUCAGGUGGAGCAUCCCUUCACUUUCCCCCAGGCUGUUGCACCGGCUCAACAAGAAGAGAAGUUAGAUGUGGUCUUCAAAAGAUACAUGGAGGAGCAAAGGCAAACCACCCAGAGCCUCUAUGAGAAGCUAGAUCGUGUUUUCACUGAUCUUUGCAGCAAGUUUGGGAAGACCAGCUCGCCUAUACCUACACCGUCUCAAGAAGGAGAAGAAGAAGCUGAGCCUAAGGAGAGCCAAAACCCGGAGAGGUUUCCAUGGGAGUCAAAGAGAGCAUACAAGAGAAGGCUUGUGAACAAGCCAUUGCCAAAUCUAGAAGAUCCGGGGAAGUUUGUGAUUCCUGUUUCUAUCAAUGGGUGUGAAAUAAAUGACUGCCUAUGUGAUACUGGAGCUAAUGAAGGAUCAAAGAGGAACCAGCUGCUACUUGUAGCCCUUUUCUUAGCCUCAGCCGGUGCAGUCAUCGACUUCAUGAGAAACCGCAUGUCACUAGGAAAUAUCCAACAAGAUGUUUUCUACCAAAGCAUCAACUUCAAGACAGCACCAAGAGCGAUCAAACUACCACCAGAGAAGACUUCUAACACGCCACAGAAAGGAGCAAUGAUGCCUAAAGACCCCAAGGAGAGUGAGCCCUAUCCAAAACCAAAGGUGGCCAUGAAACCAUCAAUGCUGAAACAUAAAGAUGUCUUCAAGGAUGUCAACUCGGUUUUGCUCCCUACCUUGGACGAAUAUGGAGCUAAUGAGAAGCCUUAUGGAGUGCCUAAUUCCCUUACGAAGAUAAGAAUCCUUGUCCCUAACCCAAAAGAAGAUCAUACCGCAAAGGAGAAGCUGAGGAACACCAUAAGGCUCUUCCCGAGUGCAUUUGUCUUCAAAGGUGGCAUAGGAGAUGAUCUUGGCGUGCCCAAACCACCACGUGAGCCCGCUGAACCAGAUCUUGGAGAAGCUAAAGGGAUCCCAAACCUUUUAGUUGAUCUUCCCCUCACCUAA